CGUCAAGUUGUGAGGCUCCAGACUCCAGAGGGUAGACGCAUGCCCGCAGUAGCCUGCAGUCUAGCUAACAGGGACCACAAAUAACGUUGGUGACACGCAACCUUGGUUUCCCACUGGCAAUGGAGUCUAGGAGGAUGGUCUCUGAUUUUUAUCGUGGAGGCUCGCCUUCGACGCCUUACUAUACAGCUCAUCCAUCUCCGGAGCCUCACUCUGACGAUGAGCAGCAGCCAAUGGCAGGCCCAUCCAAACUCGCGCUAGACUUGCCGGUAUUCUCAAAUAAUUCUUUCCAGCUCUCCGACGAAGAAGAGGAAGAAGAGCACUCGAAUCUACACUUAAACAUCAAUUUUAAUCUCUCAUUAGAUUUCAGUCAAGCUACGCUGGGACAUUCUCGUCCGCCUUCACCAACACCAACCGCGGACUUUAGCAUGAUCUCCCCACCAAGCAGUCCUUCCUAUGUUCAAUAUCACUCUCAAUUUCUUUCAGCACCACAAGGACGAAACACCCUUCCUUUCUUCCGGACAUCUCCAACCCGCACUUCUACCCAUUUACGAAGUCACAGUAUAGCCUUGGGAGGAAGUACCAAACGCCGCGUACGUCCUAAUAUCACGAAGAUUUGGGAAAGCAUCUCUUCUCCAUCUCCUCGAGGCAGCAAGCACUUUACUAAGUCCUCCCCUAACAUCUUGCGCGCAAAGCGCAAGACCAAACGUUCUUCAGUAUCAGACGUCUUUUACUGUGGAUCCGGGGUUCAGGGUAACAUCAAUGGGGACGUCGACGUAGACUACCGCGCAUUAGACCCGCUUGACGGUGAGGAAGGUGAACUCGUAGACCAUGAAGGUUAUUUUGAUGCAGUCCAAUGCGAUCUCACGGCGUCCCUAUCGUCAUAUACACAGUCCCCCUCACCCUCUCCUACCACCACCCCAACAUCAUCUCACCUCUCCUACACCCUCUGCCCAACAUCAUACGCCUCAGCCUCAGCCUCCACCUCCACGUUCACCUCCACGUUCACUUCCACGCAAUACCUCCCCCCUGCCCAAACAUCCCUCCCCCUCCCCCCAGAACUCACCCUGCACAUACUUUCCCUCCUCCCGAUGCGUUCAGUCCUAGCCUGCAUGCUUGUCUCUCGCUCUUUGUACACACUAGCCAAAGACACAAGCGUCUGGCUAGGAGUGUGGAGAGGAGAGAAGGCCGUCCAAGAGUCCGACCGCGCGUAUCUCGCCAAAGCCCAUACAGCUAUUCCUACAACUUUGCUUACAUGUCUCCUUACUCAUUCCCCACAAAAUUCCCUGCCCAGCUUGGCCUCCUCUUCUGAUGAUGAUAUCUCGUCGCUGCAUUAUGCCCACGCAGAUGAAGGCGUACAUGGAUUCUUGCUCCUUGAGGACUCCGAAGAUGCGGAAGGGGAUGGGCCUAAUAUCAAUGCUCACCGACCAUCAAUUCACAUCCCUUAUCCGGAUCCGAUCUUAAGAAGAGACACAAAUUUAGGACUCCUCCGGCUCAACUGGCAUACCCUCUACCGCUCUCGUGCCACACUCGAAAGUCGAUGGCGAGAUCCGCGUGGUGAGCCGCGGGUGAUGCGGAUUGAGGGACACGGAGACAGCGUCUACUGCCUCGACUUUGACUCGCAACGGAUCAUCACAGGAUCUAGAGACAGAACCAUCAAAGUGUGGUGUAUUCACACUGGCGAGUGUCUUGCGACGUUUGAAGCGCAUUUGGGGAGUGUGCUUUGUUUGAAGUUUGAAAAGGACUUUGAUGCGAAACGAUCUUGCUUUCGCCGGUCUUUUACUCGCCAACCUGGUUUUAAUGGUGAAGACAAGGAGGGUGGUGCCAAUGAGGAUUCCAACGAGGGGGAAGAGGAGUCGCACGGUAUGAUGGUAUCCGGUUCUUCGGAUUGCACAGUACGUGUCUGGGACUUAUACACAAAGCAUCGUGGUUCGAGAAUACGGGCUGAUGUACGUGCGAUUCUGCGUGGCCAUUCUGGAGGCGUGUUGGAUUUGAGGAUGGAUGAGAAUUGGAUCGUUAGCUGCUCCAAAGACGCACUCAUCAACGUCUACUCCCGAUCUACGCUCGCUUUACACGCCGUCCUACAAGGCCACGAAGGACCCGUGAACGCCAUCGGGCUCGAAGGGGGGAGAGUGGUGAGUGCCAGUGGGGAUGGUCGAAUGAUGUUGUGGGACGCUGCUAGUGGGAAGUGUGAACGGGUAUUUGAGGGGCAUGAGAGGGGUUUGGCUUGCAUUGAGUUUAAGGAUGACUUAAUCCUAAGUGGUUCAAAUGACUGCACUAUCAAGCUCUGGCGCGCAUCCACAGGAGAAUGUCUGCACACCUUUGCUGGUCAUACGUUGUUGGUCCGCGCGUUAUGUUUUGAUCCGAAGACUGGGUAUGUGGUUAGUGCGAGGUUUGGGAAUGGAAAGAACCUGCUACUUCCUGCUGUGGAUGUUGCUGCUUUCAUUUCGCACUCUUCUUCUUCCUCGUCGACCUCUUCUUCCUCGUCAAACUCUUCCUCGUCGUCAUUCCACUCGACACACACCAGCACCUCAACUGGCAACUCAACACACGCCGGAAUCUCGAUCUGCGCAUCCGACACAGACGGAGCAAGCGUGGUAGGCGUCGCAGACGGUGUCGUCGGGUAUAGAAAUUCGGGCAUGAGCAAGAAGAGGGGUGUUGGGAGGUUGGUGAGGGAGUUUAGGGAUUUGCAUGCGAGUCAUAUUUUUGAUGUUAAGUUUGAUGUGGGGAGGAUUGUUAGCACUUCGCAUGACCAGAAGAUCGUUAUCUUUGUGUGAUAUAGGGCAUCAGAAUCCUUUUUCUUCGUCUUCGUCUUUCACCCCAUCUUGAUUCGACCAUAUCUGGUGAUACCUCAAGUUCAAACAUCGAAUCUAUUUAUUUAUCACGCAUCUUAUAUCCGUUUUGAGCAUCUUGCAUUGCAAUUGGACUUGGUUCGAUCUUGUAUCUAGCUAUACCUCUAGUGUAUUAUGUACAGUAUAUCUGGUGAAUGUCAUUGGUUUUGUUUUGCAA